AUGUCAAGUGGCACAUUAGACAGCGACAACCUGAGUGCUGCGGAGAGGCUGCAGGCGCUGAAGCUGAGGCUGCAGCAGAAGCACAGAGCAGCAGAGGGGACAGGAGCAGGUGGGAAGAUUAAUAAUGGCCAUGGGGGAACGAGGAUGGAUGAUGCUUAUGGGAGCAGCAGAGGGGGUGAUGGGGGUGGGAGGAGUGAUGGGAGCAAUGAAAAUAAUAGGAGCGAUGCUGCGAAGAAGAGAUACGAUUUCGUGCAGUAUCCACUGAUUCGGCUUAUUCACCGCACUCGGGACUGCUCGCCUGUCACAGAAAAGCUCCUGGGCAGCGUGAGUUUGGAUCUAGUGGCGGAUAUGGCCGGCAAACUCACUGACGGCACCGGCAGCAUCACUGCAGUGGUGGCCCCCCAGCUGGGGGCCCUGCAUGACGUCAUCCUCACCACUGAGGAACCUUCUGAGAAGCUUCCAGCUUCUGCUGGAGCUGUGGGGGGAGCAGUGGGGGGCGCUGUGGGGAAGAUGAUGGGGGGGAAGGUGGGGGAAGGGGUUGGGGGACUGGGGGGGACAUUGGGGGGAGCGCUGGGGGGAGCGUUGGGGGGAUUGAUGGGGGGAAGGCGGGCUGCUGUUCCUGCUGGUAAGUCGGUGCGCAGUAGAAGAGGAGGGGUAAAUGGGGCUGACAGCAACAGCAGCAGUACAGGUGGCGGUGGCAGCAGCAGUGGCAGCAGCAGUAGUCGGGGCAAGGAGCUGGACGGCAUUCUUCGUCCUACUAAUGGGCCGCGCGUGCACGUGCUGUGCAACGCACGUGUGGUGCAGAUGCCGAGGGAGCGAGUGGAGCAGCUUGAGACGUGCCCCUGCCUGCCGGGAAUAGCCGUACCUGUCAUGAGACCCCCGUGGGUGCGUGUGAUGGCACACGACGAGAACCAACAGCAGCAUGUGUAUCUGUUUAGGGGAGCAGCAGCGCGCUUGGUGCUUCGAGCCAUGGACCACUGCCACGGCAGGCGGCUGCUGGACGUGCGUGCAUUCAUUCAUCCCCUUGUAUCCACCCUGGCAUUCAAGGGAGCAGCAGCAUGCUUUGUGCUUCGGGCCAUGGACCACUCUCACGGCAGGCUGCUGCUGGACGUGCAAUCACCCCCGCCUACCUCCCUCAUUCCCCUCACCCUGCUCACCGCCCUUAACCGCCCUCAACCGCCCUGCAGUUCAAGGGAGCAGCAGCCUGGUCCAUUCUUCGAGCCAUGGACCACUGUGGAGGGGGUGUAUCUGGAGGACGAGGGCCAAUCAGCAGCGCCGGGAGGGCCCUACCGGCCAAUCAAGUACUGGGGGGGAACGGACAUCGUGUGGCGAGGGGAGAUUGAGCCAAUCCCGUUGCGACAAGUGGUUGUUCACGCCAUGGCCGUGUGGCUGGCUGGCAUGGCAGCAGAGGAGUUAAUCACCCCUACCCUACGUAUCUUGCUUUCCCUCCUUUCCUCUCUCCUCUUCCCCCCGUCUCCUUGUCCCAUCACAUCUGCUCCGUUCCUGCGCCUGCGCUCUUUUGCCCUCCCAUCUGCCCCCUUGCCCACGCCAUCAGCUGCUGCGCUCGCCACGGCCUUUGCUCUCAUCUGCCGCGCUCCAGAGGUGUGGGGUGCUGCACCCACCGCACCACAGGGGGAGGCGAUACAGGCAAAGGCACCACAGGUGGUGCAGGAGGCAAUGACACUGGCAUCUUCCACUCUCCGGCAGCAUGAGAGUGCCCUGCACGCCAUUGCAUGGUGCCUUGUGGAUGCUGGGGAGGCGAGUGAGGGCGAGAUCGCUGCUGCUGUCGCUGGUGCUGUUGUUGCUACCGGUAGUGCCAGUGUGAACACACACCACAAGGCUGUACAUCCAGCUGCUGCAGGAUGA